AUGCUGGAACUCUCCGCCUGCUUGCGCCGUGGACUGGCUCCGUGGCCCAAUCCGAAGCCUCCACCCACUCGCAUAGCACUCCCGCGCACGGUCGCCACCAGGCGUGUUGCUCCCCUGAAAGCACCAAAGACUCCCAGUCAAGGUCUCCCUGGUCGAGCGCAGCGUCUUUGCCUGGCAGCCAUGGCUGCAGUUGCGAGUGAACGACUCAGGGUCCGACACGGGGAAGAGCUCUCCGAAGAGUACACUUGCAGGAUCCCGAAGACGGAUGCAGAGAUCCUGAGAUUUUUCCUGUGCUUUCUUGCGGAUCAAGGUCUGUCAGAUGUUCCCGUCUUCAUCAACGGAGGGUAUGUCAGGGACCUGCUGCUUGGCAAGGAGCCUGAUGAUCUCGAUCUGACCCUUUGCCUCCGGGACUGUGCGCCCGAGGUAACGGUGGCAGCACUCCUGGAUGAAAUGAAGCCGUACGUUGAGCAGAGGCCGGAGUUUGGCCUCACAGAGUUCAAGAAUGCGACCAUUCUGUCCAAUGAGUCCAAAGAUAAGCAGCUGGAUACCUUCAAGGCUCACUUCACGAACACUGCAGGGGUCAAGACCGAGGUGGACGUGAUGCCUACGAUCGGGGAGGAAACGUAUUCAGAUGACAACAGGGUGCCGGUCCGUGAUCAGCGUGGCCUCCCCGAGGAAGAUGCUCUGCGUCGUGACCUGACCAUCGGUGCCCUGCUUAUGCGCCUAGCUCUCAGUGAAUUUGCUCAUGUUCGUGCCUGCAUGCAUCAAACGGUCACGCGCUCUCAGGUGUGCGCUCCUCUGAAAGCAGCACAGUUCGCUUCUGAAUACUUCUCGUCUUGA